UGAGAAGCUCCGUUAGAUUUUCAGAGGAAGAGAAUCACAAGAAGAAAGAAAACGUAGAGGGAGAAACGGCUUUGAAAAAGUUGGUCUCCGCUUUUGUUUGUUUGUCCUCACAUGAAAACGGCUAAAAAGGACGCGCGUGCUCGUCUUUGUGUACUUUGUUCCUUCAGACUGAGAGGACUUACACCAUCAGAGGCGAUGAGAUGUGAGUGAGCUAUGCCUUGUGGAAAUGGACAGACUUUAUCCAAGCGAAAACAUGGCGUCUGCGUCCCGAGGUUCAGCUUCUAUUUCAGUCUGCUUUUGGCGCUUUGCUGCCUGGAGGUCUGGGGCUCCGGGCCGGAGGUGGAAAGCGGCACAAGCUGCAGUCCCUGUCCCGUUAAUUGCAGCUGCGCGCUCGCGGGGCCCCUACAGUCCUGCGUCGUCAACUGCUCCAACGUCGGGCUGGAGAGGGCCCCAGCUGCGGCCGACAUCCCGCAGGCCACCAACGUGCUAGAUCUUUCCAAGAACCACAUCUCCUCCCUCGAUACCAGCCUGCUCGACCAUCUCCCUGGCCUCCAAGAGCUCUAUCUUCAAGGGAACAGGAUCAAUAUUCUUCCUGGAGGUGUAUUCUGCUGCAGACCCAUCUCAAUCCUUGAUUUGAGCAACAACCUCAUCACCACCAUUGAAGAAAGAACAUGUGACAACCUGUGCAAUUUAACCCAAAUUGACCUGAGCAGCAAUCCCUUUGCAUGUAACUGUGAGCUGUUUAAGCUGGUCAGCUGGCUGCAAGAGAGGGGGGUGCGCGUUCGACGGCCGGAUGCCAUGCUGUGCAACCAACCUCCUGAGCUCCGGCACCAGCCUCUUCUCAAUGUCAGCCUGCACACCUGUGGUAUGAGACAAAAGCACACGGGUCCAAACUUUGCAGCUUGCCUGGAGGACAGCAGCAGUGGUGGAGGUGGGCGGAGCGAGCUCGUCAUCUUCUCCUCCUCCACACCUGGAAACUUCACACGUGAACAGUGUAACAGUGUGUGUUUCGCUGCGUCACACCACUACGGAGGCCUGGGGACAAAACACGAGUGCCUAUGCAGCAGAAACCUAGAGCCCAACUUGAUCAGCGGUUCUCAGUGCUCUACUGCCUGUACAGACCCCCAUGUUAUGAAGAAAUGUGGGCUGACUCUGGCUCACGACGUGUUUGCGGUGGACUUCUCUGUGUCACUGAAGCCUCUUUCUCUGCAAAGUGUUCACGACAGCAUCAAUAUCUCUGCUGCCUCCUCUGUGAAUCCAGUGACAUUGUCUUGGGACUUUGGUGACCUUUCACCCCGGGUUAACACCUCAGACACAGGAGUUACCAGGGCAACCCACAAAUAUGGAGUUCCGGGACGUUUUGCUGUCAGUUUGAUAGCUUGGGCUGGUCAUAAGGAGGUCUCUGCACGUGGAGAAGUGACUGUGACUCUUCCUCCUAAACUGGAGCUGCACUGUCCAGCCCUUGCUGUGGCCAACAAGAGUCUAGAAUUUAAACUUUUCAGCUGGGGCACUGUUGGAGUAGCUGUUGAUUGGAAGAUCACAAGGGAUGGUGUUCAAGUUGCCAAAGCCUCCCCUCACUGUCCACAAGACGGUAUGUAUCACGUUGAGUCUUCACGCUGUUUCCAGAUCGUUACAGUGGAACUGAGCUGGACAGAUGCGCGACAGCGAUGUUUGCACUGUGGUGGGGAUCUGGCAAUAGUCAGGAGUGAUGCACUGCGUAACCUGCUGGCACCCAAAGUCACACAGGAGCGAGGUGUGUGGCUGGGUUUGAGUGAUGUUGACUCUCCAGGUAGGCUGCGCUGGGUGAACGGCUCCGAGGCAGAGGAGGGAGAAGAGGGCCUGCCGCCUCGAUCCCCAGUCUCCCGCGGAAACCUGUGCGUCUCCCUCGAUCUGCGGGGUCAGCCCAGUUCACACCCGUGUAACGCAAAGCGAGCCUACGUCUGCCAAUACAGCCCCCAAGUGCCUGUUCCAGAUGCAGGAGUCUACAUGUCAGGUUUGGCCAUAUUUCCCACCCAUAAUCCUUUGCAGCAUGUCCCAUCUACUGCGCUGUCUACUCCACAACCUUCCAGCGGUGGCGUAGAGGUGCUGCUGUUCCCAGCCCUGAGCUUUGUUCAUGCAGGUCGUCUCUCCUCCCUGGAGUUUGUCACUCAGGAUCGUAGCUCACAGGUCCAUGUUCGAUUCCAGCUGUACAGACCUCACUGUCAUUAUCCAAGCCAUUUACUGCUGCCAAGCUGUGGAGGUCCAGCAUGUGCUCCGGUGGCUUCUUGUGUUCCUAAUAAUACCACCAGCAGUGAUCCUCCCCCUUGCCCCAGACUACAACAGUGGUGUCCCUUCCAUCACCGCUGCCUGCCUCUCUCAACCUCAUGCCACCCAUCUUCCUGUCCUAACUGCACACGGGGUCACCGCCUGCCCCCCGGGGCACUGAGGCCAAGAUACACCCUGCAGGAUGAGGUGGUGUUUACUCUGCCAGUAGGACCAGCUACACACGUUAUGGUACAAGAGGAUUUGGAGGACCUCCUUGUCUCCCCUGGUGAUGUCAUAGCCCUACAGCACGAUGCCGGCCCUGCCUCCCUUCUCCAGUGCCAACCUUCCCCUCUCUCACUUUGGAGACAACCUAUUUUAGCUCUCAACCAAUCAGAUUGGUUCUGGAUCAACACCACCAGACACCACACAGAUGCCCCAGUGGACCACGGCGCUGACCCUGUGCCUGACCCAGAGCUUGACAUCGAGGCCCUGGUGCAGGAUGGUGAGGGUGGCUGGAUUGAGGAUAUGGUUUGCCCUGUCAGACUCCUCUAUGUGGGUCACAGUGAGACUCAGCUGAAGGGGGAACAGCUGUCUGCUGGCCUCCCCCAGCCUGGGCUCUACAGCCUGCUGGUGACUACAGCAGAACCAUCCUACCCUGCCUCAGCAUCAUGCCCAUUGCGGGUGGUUCCUCCGCUUGGCCUGACAGUACUCCAUCCUCCCUCCAGGAACAACACCCUCUACCUCCAGCCCAACAACACAUGCCUGCUGCUCCGUGUCCAGUCUCGCUACUUAACAACGCUCUCUCGGAAUGGCAUAAAUCACAGUGUGGUCUUCCAGCCGCACUGUCCCCCGGAGUUUUCCUCAAAUCCAUCGCUCUGUCGGCCAGGCUCGAGCUCAGGGUCAGGGGCGGAAGCUGCAGAGCCAAGCCUGUAUGCUGUGCUGGAUCUGAACCUGGGGAUGGAGGAGAAAAAAGGUCCAGUGCAGGUGGAGCUGGGGGCCCAUAAUAAUGUGACAGAGGCCACUCUGACUGUGGUUGUUCAAGUGGAAGAGCCGCUCAGAGGACUCGUAGUGCAUCCCCACCCUGCACACAGGGUGCUGAUGGAGUCAGUCGUGAGCUAUACAGCAUCUGUACUAGAAGGCUCAAGUCCCACAUUUCAAUGGACGGUGGAUGACAAGCCCUAUUUCACCUACUACAACACUGUCCUCAAUGUCAUCUACCAGCAUGCUGCCAUCUACAAGCUCACAGUGACAGCAAUGAACCAUGUCAGCUCCCUCGUAGAGCAUUUCAAUGUGACCGUGGACCGCCUGCUGCCGAUGGCCAAUGUUACAGUAAGGGGUGUGCCUGAUGUUGUCCCUCAGGGCUCAAUGCAGACCUUCACCACAACCGUGCUCCUGGACAUGUCUGUGGCUGCCACCUUCAGAUGGGCAUUUGGUGAUGGGGGUUAUAAGGAGUUUGAAUACAAGCCUCCUUAUGACUCCUCCGUCCUCAGGUCAGAGUCACCCAAUCAGGUCCUCUUGACCAACAAUGUCACCUAUGUCUACUCUCAGCCAGGGAUAUACACUGCAAAGAUGUCAGUGUCCAAUCGCUAUGAGAACAUCAGUCAGAGUAUCAAUAUGAGUGUCUACAGCAUCCUCACACGGGUUGAUAUACAAACAGAGCCACCACUCCUCCUCAAAGACAAAUCAGCAGAUUUUGAGGCUCACCCUUUGCCUUCACCCUAUGGCAUUCACUACGACUGGUACUUUGGAGAUGGUUCCGCGUCAAAGCAAGGUCGCCGAGUAGCGCACUCCUAUUCACAGAGCGGUAUCUAUAAUGUCUGUGUGUCAGUAAACAACACCAUCAGCUCUACUGAAGAAUGUGCAGAGAUGUUUGUAUAUGAAGAGAUUGAAAAUCUAACAGCUGACAGCUCAUCUCCUACAGAGCUCCACAGUUCAACUUCAGUGUGGGCACACCUUGCCUCUGGAAAUAAUAUCACGUGGACAUUCUCCAUGGGUGAUGGCGCUAUUUACACAGAAUCAACACCUCAUGUGUCACACCACUACAAAAAAGAUGGAAACUAUACAGUGAAUGUGACUGCCAUGAAUGCUGUGAGCUCUGGCUGGACGCUGGUACAAGUGCAGGUGUUUGUCUUCCAAGUUGUGCGGAUGGAGCCAUCUGGUUGUGUCCAAGAGCGGACCCCUGUUAACUUCCAAGCUUGGGUGUCUGGUAACGCAUCAACUCAUCUUUACGAAUGGAGCUUUGGGGAUGGAAGCCCCAACGAGACACACCAUGGUAAUCCUAGAGUCUCGCACACCUACCUGACAAGCGGAAACUAUCACCUUUCCCUUCUUUUGUCCAGCGGGGUAAACAAGGACACCAUGGCCAACUUUUUCAACUGGGUGUGCGUGCAGCCAUUUUUAACCAACAUCAGCCUUACUCUUCAAAAAGCACACUAUGCUGUCGGAGAGGAGAUCCAGUUCCAUGCCAAAGCAGAACCGGGAUUUAACUAUGGCUAUAAGUGGGACUUUGGUAGGGAGGAAGACUUAGUGCCAAGCAGUGGUUCUGAGAGUAUGGUGACAACAUAUCAAAACCCUGGUCUUUACAUGGUGACAGUGAUUGUCUUCAAUAACAUCUCCACAAUUAACACCAGUGUAGAGUUGAAUGUAUUGACUCCACUUGGACCAAUUCUUAUUCAGCAUAAUGGCACUAAGUACAAUAACCUGACUCUUGGAGCAGCGUACUCUUUCACAACAUCUUCCACAGCUUCUAAUGUUACUUACAUGUGGGACUUUGGUGACGGAAAUGUGCUUACAGGCCAGAAUGUUGAGCACACCUACAACAUCUCAGGAAUCUACAAUGUCACACUGACAGCAGCCAAUGCCAUAAGCAGAAAUCACACGACUUUACCUGUUGCUAUUCUUGCGCCAAUCCUCGGGUUGACUGUCAAUGCUAGUUUGGUCAACGUCCCCCUCAACGCCUCAGUCACCUUUGAGGCACAGAUGUUGGAGGGAGAUGGAGUCAGAUUCUCUUGGAUUUUGUGUGAUCGCUGCACAGCAAUAACAGGUACCAACGCCAUGUUUUACACAUUCCGCUCCGUUGGGACUUUCAACAUCAUUGUGACAGCUGAGAACGACGUUGGAACUGCACAAGCAAGCAUCCUCCUAUUUGUCCAGCGUGAGCUGGAGGGCCUGCAGAUCUUAGCAGAGGAGGACAGUGGAGGAGAUGGAGGCAAGAAGUUGGAAGGUUGCUGCUUUGCUACUAAUAGUGUUCUCCACCUUCAUGCUGGUUUAAAAGAAGGAACCAAUAUGACAUUUACUUGGAACCUCACCAGAGAGAACCCUGCCAGUUCCAUUUUUAACAUAAGUGGGAAAACAGUGGAGGUGAACUUCUCCACACCUGGCCCAUGUGACAUAUCUCUCCAGGCAGCCAAUCUCCUUGGGCAGCUCUGUGUCAACAGAACCAUCUACUUUCUGGAACCUGUUGGACAGCCAUACCUAGAGAUCAGCAACAAAAAGCUUGCCAUCAAUGCUUCAACCAACCUUACUGUAUCGAUUUUUGAAGGCUCAGACCUGCAGUACCGCUGGACUGUGAAUGGGGUUGUUCUUCAGUGGAACGAGCCGUGGCUGACCCACAGCUUCAAUAGUCCUGGGCUAAAGCUAGUUUCUGUGGAAGUUUUCAAUGAAGUUAGCUCAGAGGUUGUGUCAGAAACCCUGAAUGUCCAGGAAGUCAUCACAGGGCUAAUUUUUACAGCCACCAAUGUAACAGAGCAGGGUUACGUGGCGACAAACGCCGAUGUCAUGCUCCAAGGGGAGCUGCUCACUGGAACUGAUGUGACAUGGACAUGGCUGCUGGAGGGAAGAACAGAAACAGGAAGGAAAAUGUCUCUUGUAUUCAAGGAGCCCAAGCCAGUAGUAAUAUCUCUGAAUGCCACCAAUGAUGUCAGUGGACAGCUGGCUACUAGAGAGUUCUUUGUUCAGGACAAGAUUCAGGGUUUGGACUUAAAGGCAAGUAAGACCAUCGCAGCUGUCGGAGAGAAAGUUGAGUUCACCAUUUCCAUGGCAGAAGGUACAGAUGUCAGUCUUAUCCUCAGCAUUAGCGGCGAUGCCACUGUCAUCCAUCAACCCAACCAAACUCUGGACUACGUGUUCAGCAAGGUGGAAACUUACAUGGUGAAUCUGACUGCUCGCAACCAGGUGAGUUCUAUGAGGCGGAACCUCCAUGUGGAGGUGAUGGAGCAGGUGCGUGGACUUUCCAUCAUAGGCAGCAGUGCAGCAAUCCCUGUAGGUGAGAAGAGGGUUUUUAAGGCCAGUAUCCGCACAGGCAACCCUGUUCAUUUCCUGUGGACUUUUGAUCUGCACCAACACCACCACAAGGCAUCGCGUAUGGGCAAAGAGGUGUCCUAUACGCCUGAAACAGCAGGCUUAUUGACCAUCUACCUGAAGGCCAUAAAUGCUCUGCACGCUCAGAAUGUCACCGAGCAAAUAGUGGUGCAGAACUCGCUGACUGCUGCCACCCUGUAUGCAACACCUCGGGAUACUUUUAUAAAUAAGACAGUGACACUGACAGCUUAUAUUGCACCCAGCUCUAACUCUGUGGAGUGCUUGUGGGACUUUGGUGAUAACUCUUCUCCAGUUCAUACCAAGAACACAAGCGUGGGUUACAACUACACACACGAAGGACACUUCCUGGUUCAAGUGAACUGCAGCAACCUGGUGAGUUGGGUGUUGGCCCACAUAGAGGUGAACAUCAGUGUGUUGGAGUGUGAGGAGCCUGAAGUGCAUGUGGUUCAAGCCCCCCGCUUGCCCAUCUGGCGCUACCAGCCUGCCUUGGUGGAGGCCAGUGUGGACCUGAAAGGCUGCCUACGCUACGGAGCUCAGUACCUCUGGCAGAUACUCCCAACACCAUCAUGUGAUGAUGACAGAGAUCAACUUAUCCCUCCUGGGCCGGGCUUUCAGUCCUCCAGGUCUUCAAAGGAAUUAGAAAUUCGACUGCCAGCGGAAGUGGAUGUGCAGCGGCUGCAGUUGUCAUUGCCUAAGAUGGCUCUGCCAACAGGGAACUACACCUUAGUGUUUUCUCUGUCAUACAGAGGUGUUCCGCUCAGGAAGGCUGCUUGUCUGAAACUCAGCGUCAUGGCUGCCAGGCUGAUGCCCAUCAUAGAAGGGGGCACCUACAGGGUGUGGUCCAGAACACAAGACCUGCAGCUGAGCGCCGAGCAGUCGUAUGACCCUAACAUGGACCCAGACAGUCAGUCACUGCUCUACUACCACUGGGAGUGUCAGGGCACAUCAAAGGGUCCCGAGCACUGCUCCAGUCUGAAUUUCGGUUUAGGCUCCAGUGGUCCAGUACUGGGAAUCUCUGGCACUGAGCUUGAGGCUGGUGUUGAAUACACUUUCAGGCUGACCAUCAGCAAAGACGGCAUGGCGCCAGAGUCAACCACGCAGACCGUGCUUGUCCAGAGUGGUCAUAUUCCCAUGGUAUAUCUAGAAUGUGUGUCCUGUAAGGCUCAGUCCAUCUACGAGGUCAGCACGAACUCCUACGUCUACCUCAGAGGAAUCUGCACCAACUGCCAGGGCUUUCAUCGUGGGCGCUGGAGUGCCAUGACACUGCAGAACGAGACCCUUGUCCUAGACUCCUCCUCUACCACCACAGGGAGUGACGGCAUGAACCUGGUGCUGAGACAGGGCGUCCUGCGACACGAAGACUCCUACAUCUUCACCCUGCAUGUGACGGACAGCAGUCUGGAUGGCGAGGGCGCUGCUUCCAUCACUCUGCAACACAAUAUGCCUCCGACUGGCGGAGAGUGUCACCUGAGAGGGGGAGGGGAAGUGGGGACAGAGUACAGUGACGUAGACGGUGAAAUUUUGAGAAUACGCACGCUGCUGGAUCGGGUUCACUUCAACUGCUCAGGUUACAGUGAUGUUGGGGUCUCUGAGACUCCUUUGCUCUACAGUCUGCUGGUGACGCGCUGCAGAGAAGACUACUGUGAGGACUUCUGUGUUUACAAAGGAAGCAGCCCUGAGCACUCUGCCUUCCUGCCCCCAGGCUUCAGUACAGCUAGAAACCGUGUAGCCGUGUCUAUCACAGUGGAGGACCACCAAGGCGCUGCCGCCACUGCACUCAACAAGUCCAUUGAGGUUGAGCUUCCUGAUCCACCUCCUGAAUACAGCAGCCUUCCUCAUUGGCUGUCUGAGCUGACGGACACUAAACUCAAGAAGCUUUUAGAGCAGGGAGACUCCCAGAGGGUCCGAGAGCUAUCAUUGGCUUUUAUUACUGUGCUUAACGAGUAUGAGCAGACCAGGAAGUCUGUGCGUGUCUCCCGAGAUGAGCGCAAUUACCGAGUCAGAGUCCGAAGCAACAUCACCAGAGCCCUGACUGCUCUGGACCUGACCACUGUGAAUGACAUUCAACAGACAUCAGCUGCUUUAGCACAGUGCACGGCGGUGAGUCGAGAGUUCAUCUGUGAGGAGUGUCAGAACAGCACACUGAGCAAGCUAGAGUCCAUGCUGGAGAUACUGCAAACAGACACCAAGCAGGGCACCGUCACUCCAACAGAGAUAGCUGACAACAUCCUAAACAUCAUGGGUGAUCUGAUCCAUCAGGUCAGCCAGUCAGCAUCCCAGUAUUACAUCCAGCCCCCUUAUGUGGACUCCCCUUCCCCCCACUUCACAUCCUCUGUUUCUACGAUCAGCGAUGAUCAGGGAGGCCCCGUGCUGGACCCCUCUCCCUCAUCACUUGAACCACACCCACUAAGAGUGGCAGCCAAGGCCUAUAGCCUGUCCUCUGUCCUCAUGUUGAUCCUCAUGCAUGCUCGUGUGCUCAAUGAGGAACCACUUGUGCUGAGAGGAGCUGAGAUUGCUGCCACAGGAAAACUGGCAGACCCUCAGAGCCUGCUUUGCUACCAUGGCAACAACAGUCCAGAGUGUCAGCGCUUCUCGAUUCCCAGAGCUUUCAACAGCAGUCUUGGGAAAGCUGCAGCAGGAAACAGCAUCAUGCAACUACUGUUUCAGGUGGAGUCCAACCCUUUUCCCUUCAACUAUGUGGCAAACUACACUGUCUCUACAGAGGUGGCCUCCAUGGAGUUCCGCACAGAAAACGGCACUCAGAUUCCCAUCUCUGGACUAGAGGAUGAUCUAGCCAUCACUGUUGCCAUUAACAAUGGGAGUAGUGUAUCAGAAGCAGGUUCUCAGGGUGCCAGUACUGGAGGGGUCCCCACAGCUGGAGCCGUCAACAUCAGCCACUGUGACUCUGUGAUCGUCAGAGUCAGCACUGGAAACACCAACAGGCAGGCGGGGCUGUUUGUGCAGCUCAACUUUACCUCUCUGGAGGAUGUCAACAGUAAGGAUAAAAGACAAGACGAGCCUUACAUCACAGCCUACCUUCAUUCACAUGACAGGCCCAAUGAGUUCAACUGCACAGACAGGAAACUGAUCACACUCAGUAUGACCAGGGGUCAGGAUCUUGACCACAGGAAGUACACCUUCUUCCUGUCACCUGAGUUGUACGACACCACUCUGGACUACUUUAUCAAUGUGAGCACAUCAUGCAGCUCUGCCUCUCACCCUGUGGGUGUUCAUCUAGAGGUUGGGGUGUUUGCCUCUCUGUGUCAGUACUUCAGUGAGAGUGAGAAGCAGUGGCGGACAGAUGGCAUGGUGCCCCUUGCAGAAACAAACGCCAGCAGAGCAGUUUGUCGCACAAGGCAUCUCACAGCGUUCGCCGCAGGCCUGUUUGUCCCACCCAACAUUGUUAGCUUCAAAAUGCUGGAACACUCUGCUGCACCCAGCCUGGUCGUGCUGUUGGUGUGCUUGUUGGGCUUACUGAGUUAUGUGGUGGCAGCAGCAAUCUUGCACAAGCUGGACCAGCUGGAUCUGCGGAGGGCUGCUGUGGUUCCACUCUGCGGGGGAGAUGGACUCUUUAAGUAUGAGAUCCAGGUCAAGACUGGCUGGAGCCAAGGAGCUGGCACCACAGCUCAUGUGGGAAUCAGUUUGUACGGACGUGAAAGCCGCAGCGGACACCGGCACCUUGACAGCAGAGGAGCUUUCACACGCAAUGCUCUGGAUAUUUUUCACAUUGCCACGGACACCAACCUGGGCAGUGUGUGGAAAAUAAGAAUUUGGCAUGACAACAAAGGUCUGUCCCCUGCGUGGAUGCUACAGUACGUUUUGAUCAAAGACUUACAGACAGGAAGCAGCUACUACUUCCUGGCUGAAGAGUGGCUUUCAGUGGACAAUGAGAAAACUGACGGAAGGGUGGAGAUUGAGGUGGAAGCCUCAGAAGAGGCAGCACUGCUACAGAUGCCCCGCCUACUGCGCUGUGAGCUACAGAGGGCGCUGUGUGAGAGCCACUUGUGGCUGUCUCUGUGGGAGAGACCCCAACGUAGUCCUUUCACCCGCCUGCAGAGAGCCACCUGCUGCGCUGUGUUGCUGCAGCUCUUCCUGUUUGCCAACACUCUGUGGUACAGCAUCGUGGUGGACAGGCGAUACAGCCCUCACGCAGUGUCAAGGUUUUCUUCACUGAAUGGCGAGACGGUGGCAGCAGGUGUGGUGACCUGUCUCAUAGCAUAUCCUCUCUACCUGCUCGUCUUCACACUCUUCAGAAUGAGCCGGAGCAAGUGUGUGACUGUGGAGCAGGUGCAGCCACAGUCAGACCAGGAGUCUGUGGAGAUUGAUGACUUCCUGGACAACUCCAUAAAUGGAAGCUCCUUCCUGUUUUUUAAUGGCGAGACCAACUCAGAAGAAACCAAUCUGGAUUUUCCAACCCCCUCAACCAAAAGUGUUGAGAGCUGGGCCAUGGCAGAUGAGGAGAUGGAGGACAGGGACUGGCCGGAGUGGUUGAGCGAUGGGUCUGUGGUGGGUGGAGCAGGUCACGGGGCAGGGCUACCCAGGCUGAAGAGGGGUCAGGGCAGUAGGCAUCUGGGUGUGGACAUCGCAUUUAAUCCUGACGAUGAGGAGGGAACUGGAGAAUGCAACAAAUACUUCACCUCCUCAGAUGAAGAUCUGAUCAAACACAUCCUCACAGAUGGACAGAACUUCUUUCCUCAGGCAGAUGAAAGUGAAAUGGCUGAUCUGUCUAGUAUUUUGGAUGACAAGACUGAAGUGAUUCUCCUCCAGAAGCCGAAUGAGCCUCUGCCUCCAGAGUCUUGGAGAAGAGACCCGCCAAAAACGGCUUUUACCUCAAACACAGUUGUGACAGAUGUGUGUCGACCCAGGCGUUUUCCUCCCUGGGUUGGUCGAGCUGCCCUGUGGGGAAGCUGGGCAGGGAUCGCUCUGGGAAGUGGGGUUUCUAUUUGGGCGGGCCGUGGUUUCAGUCAGAAUGUAGCCAUGAUGUGGCUCAUCUCCUGUUUUGCCAGCUUCCUGUGCUCCUGCCUGCUGCUGGAGCCAAUCAAGGUGUUGUGCGAAGCUUUCUACUAUACUGUGUGGGUGCGGCGUCUGCGUCCAGAGGACCAGGAUGUACUGGUGGAGUUCCCCCGAGUGGAGAGAGUAGUCCAACGGGUCCCUAGGGUGAGACCCCCACAGGGCUUUGCUUUGUCUCAGGCUCGGCACCAGGCCCGCAAAGUCCACAUGCUGCACACCAUGCUAAAGAAUUUCCUGGUUUACAUGUUUUUCCUGCUGGUGGUUUUGCUCCUCAACUAUUCUGACUCGGCUAAAGACACACACGGCCUGAGACUGCGCACUCAGCUGCAGCGAGCCCUACACACACCUGAGUACCACAACAUUAGCAGCCGAGGUGAUGUUUUACUGUGGCUGAAUGAGUCCCUGUUGCCACGGUUACUAGAUGACUCCACCCUCUUGAGAGACACAGGAACUGUGUUACUUGGCACACUGAGGCUCCGUCAAAUCCGUGAUACACAGGUAACACUUGAUAUUGACCCCUGGACAGGAGAGAGGGUUCAGAGAGAGGGAUGGGAAAAAUCUCUGAAUCAAGACACUAACAACAUUUCUGCUUAUGAUGCCAACAACACAAAAUGGGCGCGGCAUUUGGAUCCCAUCAGGGCAUAUGACAGCAGAGAUAUGGUCCAGCAGCUGAACAGAAGCCUGGAGGCGGCCAUUUCCUCCUUACAGCAGCUGCAGCAGCUGCACUGGCUCGACUACAGGACCCGUGCUCUCUUUGUGGAGUUCUCGCUUUUCAACAUCAACACAAACCUCCUGGCUGUCUUCUCCUUCUUGUUUGAGUUUCCUGUUUCUGAGCGUGCUCAAUCCAGCCUUGACCUCCUUGUCAUCAGUCUGUGGCCAAUCACAGGCCUGGACCUGCAGCUUCUUCUUAUGAUUGUCCUCCUUACUCUGGUCUUGUACUUCCUGGUUCGGGGGAUCUUGGGCUUCCUCAGAGAAGGCUAUGGAUACUUGUUCUCAGCCUGGAGACUCCUAGGGAUCUGCAAACUGACUUUGGCAGCGUCUGUGUGUGGGCUUCACCUGAGCCGCUGUACAAUGGCGUCACAAAAAUGGGCAUCAUACCUGAGGCACCCACGGGACGCCUUCACAGACUUCUAUCCCCUGGCCAGACAGAGUCAGACGUACACCGUCAUGUCUGCAUUGCUGUUGUUCAUCCUUGUGCUUAAGGCAUCUCACCAGCUGAGGUUCCUCAGAGAGUGGGCCGUGUUUGGCAGAGCUCUGCGGUGCUCCGUCUGGGAGCUGCUAGGAGUCGCCCUGGCAUUACUGCUGUUGGUUCUGGCUUAUUCACACACAGGACACCUGCUCUUCCACUCUGUCUUGGAUGGCUACGGCAGUGUGAGCUCUGCCUGUCAGUCUCUGUUGGGUGCCCAUGGACGUGGUCUUUUGUCAUGGCGUCCCACCUGGAUGACUAGCGGUCCCUCCAACACUUUGUCCUCGUUGUUGUUCCAUGCCAGCUUUGCCGUUCUUCGGCUAAUGUUGCUUUGGCUGCUCACAUCUGUGUUACUAAGAAACUACCGACGUGCACGGGCAGAGCUGUACCGUCCAGCUGGGGAUCUCCAAGACUACGAGAUGGUUGAGUUGUUCCUGCGGAGACUCAAAAUGUGGAUGGGGCUAAGCAGGGCUAAAGAGUUUCGUCAUAAGGUACGUUUUGAGGGCAUGGAGCUCCCACCAUCCCGUACAUCUUCUACCAGCGACUGUAAAUCCCUGUGCCUCCCACCUCUGGACCGCCCUGACUCACCUCCCACCCCAGACAGCGUUGAUGGAGGCUCUGAGGCCUCAUGGAGGCCUACUUCCUCAAGCCCCUGCAGCCUGACAGAAGCCCCAGGAAUCGGCCUGGGCCUGGGGCUGGGCCUCGGUUUGGGGCUGGGACCAGGAGUGGUGAUGGGCAGCAUCAGCUGGAGGGAGCGAGCUGAGACUGAAGCUUCUCUGAGGAGGCUCCUCCCCACCUUGGAUGCCCUCCUGCAACAGCUGGACCGUGUAACUAUGGCGACAGAGGAUUUGUGCCACAUCGAGUCUAAACUUGAGCGAUGCCAGAGAAAAAAGAGGAGCAGGGCAAGAGGGAGGGGAGGAAAGAGUGAGGCAGGGCAGAGAGUAAAAGGGGAGGAGAAGGAUGUUUCUGGAUGGAGAGAGCGUAAAAGCAGCAAAGAAAAACAAAAAGGGAGCAAAAAAGGGAAAAAGAUAGAUAAAAGUGAACUCCAAAAAGACUAUGGAAACACUUCUGCCAAUACCAAAAAGACCACAGAAGCCACACAUGUUCCUUUUUUAAAGCCUAGACCAUCCUCUGCCACUGCACAAACCUCCGCUCCUCAAUCAUCAGCCAAACCUUCAGUGAGUGCCCCUCCACCCACGCCAUUCAAAGAGAAACCUGCGUCAGACGUUUCCUCUCCAUUGAUUUCAUCUUCAAACUCUCCCCCUUCUCAAAUCCCAGUACCAAAAACACCCACUGCAUCUCCAUGUACUCCUGCACCAACCCCUUCUUUUCUUUCUACCCCUGCCCCGACACCAAUAAGUGCGGAUUGGGAGCCGCCAACAGAAAAAGAGACCCUCCCUUCCUCCAGCCUUUUUAACCACCCAGCUCACACAACCACAAUACCUACACGCAAGCGAAAGCGCAAACCCCCACCCCUCAAAAACAAGGUGCAUCCAAAUCUAGACAGGCAGGGCCCUGGACACUCCAAAUCUUGAAGACUCAAAACAGAAGAGAAAAAGAGGGGAGAGGAAUAAAACAUAAAUAUGGGGUUAAGGACAUUAGGAGGAUGGGGACAGCAGGUUUUGUCCCACAUUUCCCCUAAAAUGGAAGGGUUAAAAAAAAACAAAAAAAAAACUCUGCACGUUUAUAAGCAGUAAUCUGACCAAAUACCAGUUAAGUUGUCUCCAAAACCAGGUGCAGGCCACCGGAUGGUAACUAAACUGGUUUUGAUCAGCCAAGUUAGCGUCAGCAUUGAAACCAAGAUAUAGCUCCUUCUUCCUGAGACUAAUACUGAACUCUGACCCCAAGUGACCCUGGAGGUCAUGUGGGGUCUCUGACAGAAGCACAUAUCGUGCUCACCAGUGGACUCAAGCAACUGAAAUGCAGACAAUGCAGUCAGUUUAUUUUUUGUAUCUUAGUAAUUGUGUUGAUUUCUCAAUUAUGUUGUCCGUCUACAUAAUUUUAUGUUUUAUAUUUUGGUCACCAUGGGUACUUGUGGCCUGUCAUGUUUUUGAACCAGCAGAUAUACGCACAUGCAGGUAUACUCAUGCAUAGAAAUAACACUGUAGGCACAGAUGGGCUAAUUGUAUUGUGUCUGCUGGGGUGCAAGAGCAAAAAAAUGAAGUAUGCAAAUACACACAGGGUUGUUGGGAUCCCAGCAGCCAGUUAUUCAGGGUGUAGAUUACAGCCGUCCUCAAUGAAAAAAGAAACAGAUAAAGGAAAGACAUGAGGAGAGAAAAACAGAGUUGUAGCAUGUGGUAAUGGUGCAAGAGUGUUAGAAAGAAGAGAAAGUGGGAUGUGGUUGCAGAUAAAAGUAAAGGAAGCAGGAAGUAAAUGUCUUCACUUAUAUGAAAUGAACAUGUAUGCAAGUUCUCCCAUCAUAAAGCUAUAAUGACUCUAGGUCUGAUGAUUUUUAAAUAUAUAUUUUUAUUUGUUGUGUUUAGUAUGGUUGUAAUGUAAAAGCACUUUUGUUCUGAUGUAAAUUGUCUUUUUUUGGUGAGAUGUGUUGCAAAGUAAUAAGCUUGGUGUUUAAACCAAUAGAGAAAGCUUCACUCAUACUGUAUCUUAUCUAUAAACGUUGCCAAAGCUUCUGCAUCAUUUAUGCAUUCUGAGUUUUACCAUGCAUUGAAAUUAAUUCAUUCAUUUUGUACUUAGCACUUUAUUUCCUGAAGGAACUGAUAUCCGAUGCCAUAUUUAAUUUUCACGUGUCAAGUUUUCAUAUGUUACAGCUACAUUAUAGAACUGUCCUAAAUGUUAUCAAGGUGUCAAGGCUAUAGAUAGCAGAUGUGUUUGUUCUUUGAAUGCUCUUGCUUUACCAUCUUUUUAAGUCUUUUUCCAUCAAAAUACAGUUGAGGAUGAAAUUAGUAGCCCCCCUAUGAAAAUUUCACUUUUUUAAAAGUGUUUCCCAAGUUCUGUUAAACAGAGUGAGGAAUUUUUAACACAGCUUUUCCAAACAUCCUGGUUUUAUUAUGGAUGCUUACAUUAUUUUACAAUGCACACAGAAAAACAAAAGUAUUUAAUGAAAGCUACCAGGGUCAAAAUUGUUAGCCCCCCUGAUACUAGUAGUCAGUUGUGUCUCCUUUUUGCUGGAUAAGAGCUUGCAGUUGUUUUUUUGUAGUGUUCAUCAAGUCUCAGACACGUCCCCUGAGGAACACCAGCCCAUUCUUCUUUGGUAGAUCUCUCAAGCUCGUCUUUGUUUGAAGGCCUUCUUGCAUUUACCUUCGUCUUCAGUUCACCCGACAGAUUU